ACGCUGAGAUAGGAGGUUCGUUGUGUUGGUUAAGUUACGUCUCAAUCGCACUCUGCUCCACGUGAUAAACGGGAUAAAUUUGUAUAUAAAUAUAUAUAUAUAUAAAUAUACACGCAUAUAUAUUAUAUAUAUACAACCGUGGCCGAAAGUAUCGUAUUUGCAACUGUAGCCGACUAGGUGAAUUAAUAACUGGCCACAUGGAAAUGAUGCUCUCAUUCGUUAUGUUGCCGACCGUACCGGUGUCAAAUUCCUUUUUUCCAUUCAAUCCCAGUCUAGAGGACGAAAUGAAGCGACUUUUCGACAACUGUGCCGCUAGCAACGCGAAAGGAUUUCAACAAAACGUUGAGGAUGUAAUGGAAGAAUUUCGACACAACGGUCGUGAUUUCGAGUAUUGUCCCGAUUUGGAUUCAGACGUAACAAAACAGAUCACACCUCGACGAAAGAAAAAUAAGAAACCUUUACCGACCGAAUGUGUUUUUUGCCGAAAUAAUGGCGAGGAAGAGACAUAUUACCGGCAGCAUUUGUUGAAAGACGUCGACGGUCGAGUUCAGUGUCCUGUUCUAAGGGCUUACACAUGCCCGAUCUGCGGCGCAUGCGGUGAUAUGGCGCACACCGUCAAAUACUGCCCGAAGGGACCUUACAACCCUAAUUCUAUAAGCACGGCGAACGCUUUCAAACUCCUGAGGAAUUCAAUGGGCAAGCGACGUGGCAAGAAAGAAUAACGAGUUCUCCAAUCGAUCCGAGCCGUAUAAACACGCUGGAAAGACUCGAUUCGCAUGCACCAAUGGGAACAACUGGACACUGGUUCGUCGUAAAAUCUAGGAUAUUCGCGUACAAUAAUACGUUUUUGUACUUAUUUAACUCUUACGCCUAUUCGUAUACGCUGACAAUACUUGGUGCAAUCUUACAUUUUCGCUCGCAUGUGCCGCGCAACGUUUCGAAACGGAAAAACCAAGUUUGACUUUGCAAUUCAUUUUGUAUGGUUCAUGCUACUCCCCCCGCGUUCUCCCAUAGCGCGGUAGAAAUCGCGCUGAUGAAAGUGAAAUUCGAUUUAGAAAGAACAGUUUAAGCGCACUUUAAGUCGCGCGAUUAAAUCGGACGAAAUGAUUCAGUGCGCCUGCGUUGCUUGCGUUGACUGUAUUGUAACAAUGAUGAGAACAUUUUUAUUAUAUAUAUAUAUAUAUAUAUAUGU